GCGCAGGUUCGGGAGGCCAAAAUCGACCAUCUCACUCACGAGUAUGAACUCUUUUCAAUGAAGGAAAAUGAGAAGAUUGAGGAAAUGUUUGAGAGAUUCUCUAACAUCAUCAAUCCUCUCAAUCUUCUCGGGAAGACAUACACCGACCGAGAGCUCGUGAGAAAGGUGCUGCGAAGCCUAUCCCUCAAAUGGCGUUCAAAGGUGGACGCAAUCGAAGAAGGUCGUGACUUCCAAACAACAACCUAUGAUGCUCUUCGAGGUAAUCUUAUUACCUACGAAACCACCCAACUCUCAAAGGUGGUUGAAGAGAGGAACAAGAGGUCCAUUGCUCUACCCGCAACAACAUCAACCCACAACAACGUUGAUGAUGAAGAUGAUGACAGCGACGACACCGACCUCGGACUCUUUGUCCGAAAAUUCAAGAAGAUGUUGCUCAAGAAGGGAGCCAAGAAGAACACUCCACCCAAAUGCUAUGAGUGUGGUGAAAUUGGACACAUUAAACCAAUGUGCCCAAAGCUCAAGAACGAGAAGGACAAGAGGGCACCGAAGAAGCAAUGUGCCUACAUUUCUUGGGAGAACGAUGGCUCCGGGAGUGAAGACUCGGAAACGGAGGAAGUGGCCAACUUGUGUCUCAUGGCCAUUGAAGAUGGUGAUACAUCAAAAGAGGGAGACUCGCUAUCUGUCAUUUCCUAUGUUGACGGCAAAACCGUUUUCAUUGACGGUGCUGGUUUGACUUCUCUGUUUGGCCUUCCUCGAGGUGAAAUUACAAAAAACUUGGAUGAAACAUUCCAAGAUGAGGCAAUUUGGCGACAACUCGGGUUAGAUCAUUGUGACCUCAAGUUUAGAAAUUCUAGCAACCCGAGUGUCAUUAAUCUCACUUUAAUUCAACGCGUCCAACAAUACAUCUUCUCCUAUGUUUUGUUGCCCCGUGAUUCGAACCAUGGCGUUGUCAACAAGGACGAUGUCAAAUUUGAUUGGGUUCACUUCUUUAUCGUUGCACUUAGCGAUGGCACUCGUUUUUCUCAUCUCCGUUUUGUCAUCCCCAUUAUGCAUAUCCCUGCUCAUUGCAAAAUAGACUUUACUCGGGACACUCAGGUGCCGGUCAAGAAGACUUGUUUCAUCACUGAAGCCAAGUUUUCCUGGAUCGUGUACUGUGAGGAGGGCGAUGCUGCACCAAAUCUGGACCUGAUAGUCGCAAAAGAAGAAGAGAGCCAAAACGAUACUCAAGCUGAGUCAUCUCGAGCCGGAGGAAGUCGAGCCACGGAGCGCGUCACUCAUCAACGCAGGACUCAUCCAAGAGAAGAAGCACCGGAACCUUCUUGGGUAAAGAGGAUCUUCGAUACUCUCACGUGCAUCCGAGAUGACGUUCGCCAGCUCAACGAGAGGAUGACUCGUUUUGAGCAAUCCCACUCCUACCGUGGCCCACGUCACAACUUUAGCGGAGGAGCUUGUCCGACAAACUCACUUUGAUUAUAUUCCUUCUGUCUUGACUUAUUAUGAUACAUUGUUAUCUGCUAUUGUUAUUGUUAUGACUCUUUUGAUAAAUGAUUUUGAUGCUAAUUAUGUAUUUGUUUGUUUGGCAAUAUGGUUCUCUUUUAGAACAAAUUGUCCCCAUGUGG